AUGGCUGAUAGGAUGGUCGACAACAGCCCUACUGCAUUCAGGAUGCUCGAGAGGACCAGCACAUCACCACUGCUUCAAUCAACGUUGUUGUCAAAGAACAGUGGCAGCACGACACCAGAUCAGAGGGACGACAAUGUUGAUGAUGAGGAUGAGCUAGAGUCAUUGCUUCAAGAUUACAUCUCAUCAGAGACUGACGUCGACCUGCUGAUGGAGAAGCUCGGUCGCCAGCUCUCGACAUUCGAGACCGAGAUGGUGGUGGGCAUCCUCGACUCGGCCGUCGGCGUCAACGAAGUGGUCGGACAGCUGACGGACCGCGAGGAGAACCACCUGACGGGCGUCACCGCAUGGAUCGACUAUUAUAACAAUCAGUUGCAGGAGAUGAAGAAGUACAUUGAGCACAUCGAGUCAAAGAACAACAAGAUGAACGUCGUCUCGAACAAUCAGAAGGAGCUGAUGAAGAGCCUGGAGUACCUGCUCAACCUGCUCACACUCGACGAAGCCACCAUCCGCUCGCUCAACAACCCCGACUUCAACUCCCCAGACGGCCUGACCGCCGCCAUCAAAGCCGCUACCAACCUGCGCAAGGCGCUCACCACCAAGCUCAAGAGCGGAAUGGAGCAUAUGGUCGCAGUCAAGGAUCAGCGCAAGGUGUUCGAGACGUACAAGGUGGCAUUCUCGCGAAAGGUUGCAAUGUUGAUCGAGCGUGAGUUCAAGCUGUCUGACGCAAGCAAGGACAACAACUACGACGAGGACCUACCCGAGCACAACGUGUACUUUGACUCACUGGGACGAUACAAACCUUUGGUUCACUGGCUCAAGCAACUGGACAUUGAGAAGUUCCAUCCACUGAUACCCCUGUACAUCAAGGCCUAUCGAUCGACCUACAAGCAUGAGAUCAAGCCAUUCUUCUCAUCAAUACAGCAUUCAAUCCAGAGGGAAUCAAAGGAUCAGAAUGAUUUCUUCUCAUCACACGUCAAGAAAGCAGUUGAGGCGGCUACAGCAACACCAACAAAGGCCCCGGCCACACCAGUGUCCGCCAAAUCACUAAAGAAGCGAACAGUGGACAAGGCAUUCAGAUUCGGAUUGUCUUGUGUGGAGAAUGCCAUCAUGAAGGAGCAGCUGUUCUUGAUGGACUUCUUCUUGUUUACAGACCCACCCACAGAGCCCAAGAAGCAGAGUCAACAUCAGCGUCAGAUGUCAACCGGUGGCGGAUCAUCGAAACAACAGCCGGGCGCAUUGCAAUCGCCUGGCGCACCGAUCCUGCCCGAGGGCAUGGACAACCCUCUCAACUACAUCCUGACCGAGAUGUUUGAAUGCGCCAUUCCAGAACUAAAGGAGCUUGUGGAGAAGGCUGACCAGAUCAACCCAUUCUACCUGCUCACCAUGCUGAUUGACACCGAGCAAUUCAUAUCAUCACACUCUGUACUCGGCUCCAGCUACAGCAGCUUCAUCGUCAAGAUACUCUCGGAUGUUCAAAAGACCAUGAAGUCACUUUUCAACAAGUUCAUCGACUUGCAAGUGGACUCAAUCAAGUCAACUCAACCUGCACUGAAACGAUGUGGAGUACUUCCUCACUUUAAACACUUCCCCAUAUUUGUCACAUCACUGGAGAAGUAUAGAACAUCAGCAGACAUUGAAUCGAUCAACUCUUUGAUCAACUCGAGCUACUUCAAGGUGGUCGUGGCAUUGAAUGGAUGGAUUGAUGGUUUGGUCGAGAAGCAACCAUCGACAGACAAGUACAGAUUCAUCGCAAUGGUUGAGAACUACUAUUACCUGACCACAAAGAUGGAGGAGAUUGGCGUGCCCUGUCUAAAGACCUAUCACGAGACAUCACAACAACGCUACAAGGAUAACCUCAAGACCUACACCAACUACCUUAUCGACCUACGUUUCAAAUCACUCUACGAAUACUUCCAAAAGAUGGACGAGCUCCUCCAGACCCUUCCAGCGACCGACAUUCAAUUCCAACAAUCACAUUCAAAGCAGAUGUUUAAAAAGAUGGUGGAGAAGUACAAGACUGAGAAUAUUGAGAAAGGACUUAUCAAGGCAUUGCACGAUAUAUAUAAGCAUAUAACAAAGGAAUCAAAGCUGAUACUUGUGAUAUGGGAACACUUGGAAGAGGUGUUUAUCGAACAAUAUGAACAUUUCCAGGACCUUUCACAAAGAUGUUACCAAGCUGCUAUGCCUGUGAGCUCUGACCAGAUCAAGGGUCUGUUUGGAUCAGUCCUAAAGAAGAAUCCAAGCAAGCAUUAA